AUGCAAAUCUUCUUAAUAUUAAUAUUUUUAGACAUACUAGUUGCGGACGGAUAUAUUAAUUACUGUGGAGCUAAAAUGUGUGGGCACACUGAUUCUCAUACAUUUUGUCGUUAUCCUCCUGGUCCAAGUCCUUCAUGUAUGGGCUACAUCGACUCAGAGCUGUCGCCGAAUGAAAAAGCUCGUGUUUUAGCUCGUUUGAAUCGUAGACGCAGCGAUGCGGCGCGCGGCAUACGCGGCUUGCCCACGGCUGGGGAUAUGUUAAAAUUGCGAUGGGUUGAAGAACUGGCGCGAGAAGCCCAACGCUGGGCUGAUCAAUGUCAACCGCCAAGCGCUCCGGAGCUACAUGACGCUUGUCGUGAUUUAUAUUCGAUAUCAGUGGGACAGUGCGUAGCGUCAGUUGUGGGCGAAGCUCCAGGACUUCGCCCAGAAACAAUGGUCGACUUGUGGUACACGCAAAGUAUGAGCUACAAAGGAAAUGCAACUUCGUAUAUACCACCACAGUGUUCACACAAGAGUUACUACGAUGACUUUGCGCAAAUGGUCUGGUCGCGAACUUAUAUGGUGGGGUGUGGAAGGAGCAAAUUUAUGAUACCAUGGCGUGGCCGUCAGCGCACCGUAGAACGGUUAGUGUGCAACUUUGCGCCCCGCGGGCCCGUGGCGUGGCGAGCGCUGUGGUCGCCCGCCGCACCCGCUUCCAACUGUCCUCCUCGCUCCCGUCCCGAUAUUGACUUACCCGGACUGUGCACUUUUCAGUAUGAUUUGGACGAGACAUACGAUGAAGAUAAUAUUAUGACAGUUGAAGAACAUUUGCUUUUAAAUACAAUUAUGUUGAUCGAAAAAAAUUUAGAAUUAGAUAACAUCGGAACUUUGGAUGAAAUUUACUUAACGAAACUAGCUGUGGCUACUAUUGAAGAUACAGUUUUAACACAAACACCUUAUAAUUCAAUACAAAAACGUGAUAUAGUGGAUACAGAUGAAAUAAUAAUCGGUAAUGCUGAAUCGAAAAUAAAAAUAGAUCCUGAGCCAAACAGUAUUGAAAGUAACGAAAACAGUAAAUCAACUCAUAGUAUAAAUAAAAAAGUACUUAAACAAAAAGGAACUUUUGUCGGCCGUCCAAAGGCCUACAACAUAGACGAUUUAAACGAUCAGCAUAAAAACGAAGAGAAUAAUGAUAAAGUACAAGAAACGACAAUCGAUGCGACAUAUGUUGAAGAUUACGAAUUGACAUACAUCCGAGAGGAUACAACGCAUCCAACUCAUACCACAAAAGAAUCAGCCAUACCAAGAAACUACACUUCUGUGAAACCUAUGGAAAUAGAUGGAGGUAACACUACAAUAAUAAAUAUUGAAACAUCUACAAUUAUGAUAACAAAAAUGUUGGACAUUUACAUCGAUGAUAUAAUCGCCAACCUAAAUAUUUCAAGAGUUAUAAACGAAACAGCAAUAGACGAAAAUGUCAUAGAAGAAUAUCUUUCUGAUCCUGAAACGGUUCGUCAAAUACAAGCAAGCCUAAAUCGUAUGGAGCAGAAGUUAGCAGUUCCAGUGACGGUUUCAGGAAAGGCUCGACGGGAAUUGAGAAAUUUAGAACAAGACAAAGAAAACCUAAAGAAGAAUCAAGAAAUACUAUCAGCUGAAACGGAAAGGAAUAAAUCAUUAGAGAGAGGACCAAUGUUAAAUAUGGUGAUGAAAUAUAUGCCAUACUUAAAACAAUACGAGAAAAGCAUUUUAGGCGAUUCGAGCUCUAGUGGCAAAGAGUCUAGUCAGUUUCUUGCUUUAUCUAGUAUGCUAUUUGGUACUUUGCUAUAUUUUUGA